UCCGCAUCCCACAACCUGGCGCGGCUGUUCAUCCCAAUCCCAAGUUCUCCCAUUUUUUUCUGAAUUGCCGUAUGGCUAUCGAUGGGACCUAUAUUCCAGUCCGUGUGCAGGCGUGCGAUGUCUCCCGGUUCUAAAGUCGAAAAGGCGUGACAAUGAACGUCCUUGCGGCAUGCGGUUUCGAUUUGAAUUUCACGUUCGUCAUGGCCGAAUGGGAAGGAACAGCCGGCGAAGGCAAAUUGUACGAUGCAGCUUUGCGUAUGGGGCUGCACAUCGACGAUGCAAAGUUCGACAUAUUGGAUGCUGGAUUUGCUCUCACAACGAAGGCCCUCACACCGUGUCGAUGAAAGCGCUAUCAUUUGAAGAAGUUUGCUCGUGGUCGCCAGCGUCCUCAAUCAAAGGAAGAGCUCUUCAAUUUACGGCACGCUCAGUUGAGGAACGUCGUGGAGAGGAUCUUCGGCAUCCUGAAGAAGCGAUUUCCGGUCCUCGUAUGCCCUGUGGAGUACAACUACAAAUUCCAAGUCGACUUGGUCCUUGCGCUUUGAUUGCUUCACAAUUUUAUUCGACGCCAUGGCAACGACAGUUUGGAGAAAGUAGUCGUUGACGAAAUCCGACGGCAAAAUGAGCAGCCAAUGGACUCAAGCGACAUGCCACUAUUCAAUGAGGCGCUCGAAAGCUCGGAAGCAAAGACAUAGCGUGACGAAAUUGCCCAAGAUAUGUGGUAUCAAUAUCAAAUAACUCUUCGAGCGAGCCAUAAUAGAUAUAG